AUGCUUUUUUAUAAAUUAAUUUGUUUAUUCUUAAGUUUUAUAAUUAUCAUAAUCCAUGGUAAAGAUAUUAGUAGUACAAAGAAAUUAUUAAAAAGCGUUAACUUAAAUAAUAAGAUAAAAAAAGGAAGAGAAAGAUAUGGAGGAAUAUAUAACUCAAAAUAUAUGACUAUUGAAAAGAGAAGAAAAUAUAAUUAUAUAAAAAAACAAAAUAAUAAUAAUAACUCCUAUUUUAGUUAUUGUAAUGUUUAUAAAAAUAAUGAUGUAAAUAAUAAUUACACAGCAUAUAAUUAUUAUAUUAAUAAUCCUAAAAACAAAUUAAAAGAAUAUUAUGAAAAAAUAAAAAAUCAUGUUAUAAAAAAAAAGAAGAAAAUCUUUUCGUUAAAAUUUUCACAAAAUAAAAGAAACGAAAAAAAGAAAAAAUAUUUCUUUAUAAAUUGUACCAGUUUUCAUGAUAUAAAAGAUAAUAUAAAAGUAUUAUUUAAUAUAGACUAUAUAGAAAACAAUAUUAUAUAUUCAUAUAUAAAAUCUUUUAAAAGAACACCUCCUAUAACAAAAAUAUAUUUAUUAGGUACAUUCCUUUUAAGUGUAUUAAUACAUAUAAAUAAAAAUGUAUAUAAAUUAAUAUUAUUUGAUUUUAAUAAAAUAUUUAAAAAAGGAGAGAUUUGGAGAUUAUUCACACCUUAUUUUUAUAUUGGUAAUUUAUAUUUACAAUAUAUAUUGAUGUUUAAUUAUUUAAAUAUUUAUAUGUCAUCGGUUGAAAUUUCACAUUAUAAAAAACCAGAAGAUUUCUUGAUUUUCUUAACAUUUGGAUAUAUAUCAAAUUUGUUAUUUACAAUAUGGGCGAAUAUGUAUAACGAAAAUAUAAUGAAUGUAAAGUUAUAUAUACACAACUUUAAAAAUUUGUUCAUCAAAGAUUAUAUUUCAAAAUAUAGGUCAAAAAGUACCACAAAUAAUAAUAUUAAUAGUAAUAAUAGUAGUAAUAAUCGUAGUAAUAAUAACCAUUAUAAUAAUUCAAAAAAUAUCGAUAUUAAAAAAGAACAGUAUAAUCAUCUGGGUUAUGUUUUUUCAACUUAUAUUCUUUAUUACUGGAGCAGAAUUAAUGAAGGCACAUUAAUAAACUGUUUCGAGCUAUUUUUUAUAAAAGCAGAAUAUGUCCCCUUCUUUUUUAUUAUACAAAAUAUUCUUUUAUAUAACGAAUUCUCUCUUUAUGAGGUAGCUUCUAUUUUCUCAAGUUACCUUUUUUUUACUUAUGAAAAAUAUUUUAAAUUUAAUUAUUUAAGAUUAUUCUUUAAAACUCUGCUCAAGGCUAUUCGUAUUUACCCUUUAUACGACAGGUACAAGGAGGAGUAUGAAUAA